GGCGGGGCUGUGGAGGGGAGGGGCUGUGACUGCUCACUCUGCACGUGGGCCUCUGACGGCCGCUGACGCUCAGUCCCACAUCCGCCGCCAAUUUGCCACUUGUUGCCGACGGAGCGGCGACCAUUGUGAUGUCAGAAGAGGAGCCGUUGUGACGUCAGAGCGGCCGGAAAGGAUGAGAGGAGAGCAGCCGCUGACCAGAUCAUUUUAAAUAAAGAAAACACUACAAUGCUCUCCCUUGUGUCGAAAACGUUCGGAUUAUUGUGGAGAACAGUGGAUGACUCUGAAGAGGAUAAUUGCGAAGAUCCAGACUGCACAGAGUACACAAAUGUGCACAAAGGCACAGUGACAAGGUUUUGUGGUGACUAUGGUUUGGUCAAUGACUUCAUCUACUUCACUCCUGACUUGGCUGGGGGGAUGCCUUUGCAAAUUGGCCAGAAAGUGAACGUUAUAGCCCAAAAGAAUGCAACUUCUGGAGGCUGGAAAGCAUUAAAGGUGGAACCUGUAACUCGCGAGUGGGACGAGGAUAUUACCAGUGACACCUACAUAGGCCUUCCCUGUAGAAAUGAGCCAAGUACCUUAAUUGGCAGCAUCACUUCAUGUAACAAUUAUAGUGGCUACAUUAACGACACAACCUACUUCCUCAUGGCUGAUGUUUGUGACGGCUACAAACCCUAUAAAGGUGAUUGGAUACAGGCACAAUAUUUUAUUGAUCAAGCUACUUGGAAAAGUCAAGCAUGUUGUGUCAAGCCACUUAGAUACAAAAGGGUAGAUAAGGCUCAGAUAACCAGAAUCUUUCAUCGAAGUGGUGUGGUUGAUGAUGAUAUAAUCUUCACUCUGGAUUCAGUCAGACUGCCCAACAAUUACUUACCCCACAAAGAUGAUUGGGUGAACCUUGUGAUCAUCGAAAGUAAUCAGUCGUUAUAUUCGUGGCGAGCCCUGUGCAUGGCCCCCAUGGAUACCAAAAGUUUUUCAGUUGCUCCUCAGAAGGCAAAUGCAGAACUCGAGCAAAUCGAUUUUCAGUUAUUCUCCAGCAAAGGAGGAUUGGAAGUUACAAAGACCAUUCACUUUGGUAACCUGAAACAGGGAGAGAAGAAAGACAUGAUACUUUGGAUUGAGAAUAAAGGAGAAGAGACUCAGCAUCUUCUGAGAUCAAAGCUAGCGGGAUGGGAGAGAGCAGAUCAGUUUGUGCUGGAGGCUCCAACAGUGAUUCCGAGACCUUCCGCAUCUGCAAAUGAAACCGUCCAGAAAAAGAUCCCGCCUGAAAUAAAGUCCAACGACAAAGUGACUGAAUUUCAGCCAUUGUACGUGGACCUCAGUUCUCCUGGUACCUCGGGUCAGCAAUGCAAAUCCCCUGGGCCAGUGACUCAAUUGGCAGAGAGCAAUUCACCAGUGCCCACAAAACCAAUACAACAGCUGAGUUGUCCACUUUCUGGCGGUGAUUUUAGUGCAACUGAAGCACCAGGAAUCCAGUCGAUAGAAAAAUAUAAUCAUGGAAAUCUAGCAAGUGCCAGCCCACUAGUCAGUUUACUACCAAAUGAAAAGGCCUACAUAAACAUCAAGUGUGAAGCAAAAAACCCCGGGUGUUGCAAAGAGCUACUGUUACUUUAUUUUAGUGGUUUUGUGAUUGGACGUUACAUUGAGGUGGUGGUACUGAAUGAUGAGGAAUCUCUCUUGGCACCGUGUUCUACAUAUGUCCCGGUUCAGCUCAAAACCCCUCGAGCAGAUCCACAGGAAGCCAACGCCAUCAUUGUGAUGGGGCAGAAACCUAUUAGACUUGCCAGGAGACACUUGCCCAGCUUUAUUCCACAGUAUCCAAUACCACAGAGAAUAAAGGAUUGUAUUGCACGAAAAGCAGACAUUCUCACUGCUCAACCAAAACUUGUACAGGAGUUGAAUAUGUCUAACUAUCAAGAGCAUUUUUCAACUCUGCUCUGGCUGGAAGAGAUUCAGGCUGAGUUGGAAAUUCAAGAGUUUUACAUGGUUGGAGUGGUUUUGAAGAAAAGUGGAGAUUUUCUAAUAUUGGAGGUUCCGGGGUUGGCUGAAGGCAGGCCAUCUGUGACCAUUGGUGACCGAUUACUAUUACGAAGUCCUGGCUAUGAAGAAACUACAGUAUGUUAUUCUGGUUUUGUUGCUCAGACCUACAAAGGGGAGCCUUUGGAUGUGGAGUUUACAUACAACAGAACGUCAAUCCGAAGAUGUCACUUUGCAGUGGAGCAAGCCUUUCAUCUGGGGGAAGCAGUAUUGUUUCCGGAGAGGGUAACACUCCAAGCUCCACAGGUCAUCACCACAUGGAAGGACAUUGACCUUGUGUUGAGGGAUGAAAAUGAAAAUCGCUGUAAUUCAAAAGGGGAGAAUGAUCAGGAAAAAGACCUGGAUUCCGCUUUAAGUAGUUCCUGUAAAAGCUUGGAGGCCGCAGACCGGGAAAGGGGACACAGAAAUGCCAAGGAAAGAGCUACCGAAAUAGUGUACAUGUCUGAUGGCAUCUCAGUCUCUACUCAAACUGGUUCUGGAGCGAAGAAUAUCACUGGACCAUCCAAAAGGCAAGAAUGUGAAUUUUUCAACUCGCUAUUGAACGAAUCUCAGAAAUGUGCUGUUCAGAGGAUCCUUCGUGGAGAGUGCCGGCCCACGCCAUAUAUUCUGUAUGGUCCUCCUGGCACUGGCAAAACCGUCACCAUCAUUGAAGCCAUCUUGCAGAUUCACCAUACGUUGCCACAUAGUCGGAUUUUGGCUGCCACUCCGUCCAACAGUGCUGCUGAUCUGCUGUGCGUGCGUUUGCAUGAGAGCAAUAUGCUAAAACAGGGAGACUUGGUGCGAGUUAAUGCCUCCUGCAGAGCUGAAGAGACCAUACCUGAAAUUGUGCAGCUGUACAGUAAAGGAGGAGAGGAUCUUUGGGAAGCGUCUCGCCAUAGAAUAAUAAUCAGUACCUGCACUACUGCUGGAUUGUUCUUCCAGAUAGGCCUGAGGACUGGACACUUCACCCAUGUGUUUGUUGAUGAAUCGGGACAAGCUAGUGAGCCUGAGUGUCUUAUUCCUCUGCUUCUUGUGUCUGAGAAAGAUGGACAGAUUGUAAUUGUUGGAGACCCAAAGCAACUGGGCCCAGUAAUGAGGUCUAAGAUCGCCUCCGUGUACGGGCUUCCCAUUUCAUUCUUAGAGAGACUAAUGGCACGACCGGUGUAUUCCAGAGAUGAAGGGUUCAGUGCAUUUGGUUCAUACAAUCCUCUUUUGGUGACAAAGUUGAACAAGAAUUAUCGGUCACAUUCUUCUUUGCUUAAGCUGCCCUCUGAGCUAUUCUAUCAUAAAGAUCUGAAGAUGUGUGCAGACCAGUCCGUUGUCAACAGCUUUUGUAACUGGGAAAAAUUGCCAAAGAAAGGAUUUCCAUUAAUCUUCCAUGGUUUGAGGGGAGCAGAGAUGAGGGAAGGUAGUAAUCCUUCGUGGUUCAACCCUAAGGAAGCUGUUCAAGUAAUGCGUUACUGCUGUCUGCUCGCCAAAAACUAUACAAGUCCAGUUAAGCAAUCUGAUAUUGGAGUAAUUGCAGCAUACCAUAAGCAGGUACAAAAAAUCAGAAUUCUUCUCAGGAGUGGCAAUCUCUCCGAGAUUAAAGUUGGAUCUGUCGAAGAAUUCCAAGGUCGGGAAUAUCUGGUCAUAAUCGUAUCAACGAUACGAUCCAGUGAAGAUAAUAUGUCUGAGGAUGCACGUUAUGUUUUGGGUUUUCUUUCCAGCCCCAAAAGAUUUAAUGUGGCCAUCACUAGAGCAAAAGCCCUACUGAUUGUGGUAGGGAACCCACACAUUCUCAUCAAGGAUCCAUGUUGGAGUGCACUGCUCGAGUAUUGCGUGGUAAAUAAUGCCUAUGUAGGUUGUGACCUCCCACAGGAAUUGUUAGCUCAACAAAGGUGAAACACUUCAGUGGAGUCCAAAAGGAAACCUUUUAAGCGAGUGGAUAUGCUUGCUCUGCUGAUUUCAAUGAAGGUUUCCCAGAGCAUGUCCACUUCCCAGCAUUGAUUUCUAUGCAGCGGUUGGAGUGGAACUGUGUUUCUCUUCUCUUUUCCCUUUGGCAGAGCAGCCCCUUGUUUCUUAGCAGAGAGGCAGUGCUCCUGUCAAGUCUGGGAAAUGGUCAUGCAGUGCAAAUUCCCUUGCACGGUGUCAGCGGAAGACAUCCGCUGCAUUAAAAUGACUUAUUGUGUCAAAGUAACUUUCAAAUUAGUAUUAUUCUAAUCAACCCGACCGAAAGUAUUCCUCCUUACUUUAAACUGUUUCAUGCUUUAUUCAUUGUGUUGCUGCCUAAGUGUAUGCCUUCAAAGGAAUAUUUUGUUUCCCUUAUUCCAUUAUGUGGAAUUGAUUCAACAGUCAAUGCCUUGUUCAGGAUUUGUAAAAAUAUUCCGAGGGGAAUGUUGAGAAUUAUUUUGUUUCAAAAAAGGUAAUUGUACAAUUUACUGUUUGUCAAUACAUCAUUAAUAAAUACUAUACAUUAA